AUGGCGACAACGCAGCCAGCGGAUGCAGCGGCGCCGCCCGCGCCUCCGGCAACGAAUAGCGAGGCACCGACAGCGCCGUCGUCUUCGCCAGCAUCUCCCGCCCCUGUGGUCAAGAAACGGCGCGUCGAGAGGCGCGAGCGGCUGCGCAAGAGCGCUCUGUGCAAACACUUCGGCAAGCCCGAAGGCUGCCCGUUCGGCGACAAGUGCAAGUUCGCUCAUGGACGGUCGGAGGUGAAUGACAGCGACUCGCACUCGGUGGCUGCUCAGCGGAGACUCAUCCGGGAGCAGGCCAUCCACCGGGCUGAGGAGCAGUUCCAGACGGCGGACGCAGGCGCCGUGACCUCCAAGCGCAGAGGCACAAUGAUUGAGCGCUACUACACGGAAAUGUUUUCGUGCGACACGAACGGCAAGCCCAUGGAGGACCAGUACGUGCACAUGCACUCCAACCGUCUGUGUGUCGUGGGCGUGGCCGAGUCGCACCCGGUCAUGCAGGAAGAACUUGUGAGCGUCGAGUUCGCGCAGAACGUGCUGGACAGCCGCGUGACGGGCAAGAAGAAGAAGGGCGGGCAGUUCAUGCAGCCGAAGACGGUGCUCUGCGUCCUCAAGUGCAAGAGUGGCCGCGAAUUCACGCUCUACAGCUGCAUCCGGGGCUCGCUGAUUGAGGUCAACGAGCGCCUGCAGAAGGAACCGCAGCUGCUGAAGCAAAAGCACCAGUCGGACGGAUACCUCGUGAUCAUUCAGCCUAAGAAGGUUGAGGUUGCUGAGAUCCAGGAAUCUCUGCUUUCCAAGGACGAGUACAAGCAGUUCCGUGCCAUUUCGCAGUCGUCGGCGACCAAGCCUGAAGUUGCGGAAGAGCCUGACGAAUCGGCUAAGCCUGCCGAACCGGUUCAUACCGAGGACGAGUCCAAAUCCGAGCCUGUACCCAUGGAAGAAUAG